AUGCUGCCCUGUUUGCGUGGCAGUGAUGCGAUGAAGUUCAGGAUCUGAACCCACUUUAAUUCCCACCCAACUUUGGGAAUCGGAGCGAUUUCCCUCCGAUAUUCAUUUGAGAUACAGAUAUUUUGCCGGACAGUUUGGAAAUAAAUGGUUUCCCACUGGUCGGUGGCAAUCCGCUAAGCCUGACCACCAGUGAAUAAAGCAGGAAGUACAUCGCCCCCUGGUAUCAGUGAUUUGGAACCCGCAGUUAGACCCCCCUCCAUUGCUUAUCACCUCUCCGAGGCUUUUUAGGGCAUUGAUUGAAAAUGGAAGAUGAACUCUUUCAGCAGCUGACUUACGUGCUCAAUCAGUUGGUGUCAUGGUUCGCCGCCGGGGCCAUGGUCUUCGGUGGGGUCGUACCCUAUAUCCCCCAGUACCGGGAUAUCCGACGGACCCAAAACGCAGAGGGCUUCUCCUCCUACGUGUGCCUAGUUCUCCUGGUGGCCAAUAUAUUGAGGAUACUCUUCAGGUUCGGGCGGUACUUUGAGACCCCCCUGUUGUGGCAGAGCAUCAUCAUGAUCAUUACCAUGCUGAUUAUGCUCAACCUGUGCACCAGCGUCCGUGUGGCCGCGGAGCUGAGCACCAAACGGCGGGUCUUCCUAGCGUCAGACAGUAAGGAUGAAGAGAUCAAAGUUCCUAAGAAGCUUUUCCUGGACUUUGACUGGAGCUCCUUCUGGCUAUGGAGUCGCUUCGUGGACUACCUGCAGUGCGUGCUGACCUUCACCGCCGCCGCCGGCUACGUCACCUACCUCCUGCUGGACUCCCCGCUCUAUGUGGAGACUCUGGGCUUCCUGGCCGUCUUCACGGAAGCCAUGCUUGGCACGCCACAGCUCUACUGCAACUACCAGAACAAGUCCACUGAGGGCAUGAGUAUCAAGAUGGUCUGCAUGUGGACCAGCGGCGACACCUUCAAGACGGCCUACUUCCUGCUCACCCAGGCCCCAGUGCAGUUCUGGGUUUGCGGCCUCCUGCAGGUCUUCGUGGACCUCGCCAUCCUCUUCCAGGUCUACUACUACAGCCGCUACCCCCAGAAGCCUGUGUCCCACACGGCCCACACCACCAGCGCCAAGGCUCUCUGAGCUCCCCCCUCCCCGGCUAGGUGGGGACACUCAUUCCACCCCUCCCUGGGCCACACAGGCAUGCCAUGGCAAUUGCCAUGGGAGGGUCUCUUCCUACUUUUUAUAACCAGUCCUUUAAUAUUAUACGCAAUCUAUUUGGGCAUAUGUCAGUUUGUGAGCAGAUUAUAAAUAUGUAUAGUUGUACUUGCACACACCGAUGAUUUGUACAUAUGUAUACAGUGCACAAUGUGUGUGUUUGUAGCGUAAACACUCGUAAUAUGGAUGUUUUCCUAACGCCUGGCCUGCGUCUGUAACGACUGCUGCAUGCAAACCUUGCCUUAGAUAAUUCCUGAAGGGCUGUCCCGGCUUUGGAGCGUCGGGAAAGAAGCGGGUGCCACAUUGGAAGAACACCCCCCCCCAGUAAACUGUUAACUCUUCUGUAGGUUUUUAACAAUCCCGACAGUCACGACUUCCGACGCCAUCGUCGCACAGUCCCGGUGGGGACCUGGUUACUCUCGUCGUUCCGGGCGAUUUAGAGAGCCCUGCUGAAGUCCGGGGGCUCAGUCGCCUUCAAUCGCAGCUAUACCAAAAAAGGCCAUGACCCAGCGACGCGCACACAACAGCCAGUAGGGGGCAGCAUUACUAAGACGUCAAUGUGUCAAACGUGUUAAUGAUAGACUGUGACAGUCGAGCCAAUCGGAUCCAUGAUGCGCAAGCUGGCUCAUUUCAUUGGAGGUUUAGUGAUUAGGUCUCAUGGUGUCAGAGUCCAGCCAUUCACCUGCAGCCAUUUCUAGAUGACUCCGUGUGUUGCAGGAUAGUAUAUUAUUUUCAUUAUUAUUUUUAAUUACUUGUGAGAUAUGGGCAUGGGUUACAAUAGUUAAUGUGUGGACAAAAGCCAAUUUAAGCCUGAACUGCAUAACCACUGUUAUGCUGCAGGUAAGAGAAUGAAGGUCUGACCUCUCCCAGGGCGGCAGACCUUCUGGCGGUAUUCGGAGUGGGCACCAGCGGUCAUUCGCUCCCGUGUCCAUGGUUACCCUUAGAGGUUCAGCUUUCAGGUUUUGGAUAAAUAAAUCUGUUGGUCACAUGGAUUUGGGGCAUUCGCUAAUCUCAUUUAUAUUAUUCCUGAGGUUGUUUCUCCAUUCCAAAGGAUUUUUGGAGACUUGCGUUUUUCUGUAUUUUGUGUUUUUCUUAGAAUUUUAUCUUUUUGUUUUAUACAUAAUUUUUUUUUUUGAAAGAGCAUAUCACUUUGUAGUUAUGGAUGUGACCAUCCUUUAUGUUACACGCCAUUAAUGCGCUCCUGGUGAGCUCACUCACCACAUGCAGGUCACUUAAAGUGCACGUAUGGCCUUCGCUAGCCGGUAAGGCCAUCUCCUUCCCUCUCUAUCAUCCAUGCCCCCCCCU